AUGAUAUACAAGCGUCCAAUGGAGAUAAAAUUCAAGCAAGAAGCUGAAGAAACCGAAAACAUGUCAACCCAAGAGUUACAACGACUUGUUCUACUUGAACAGCUAAAUGUUGCUAGACUUCUGGCGAGAAGAGAACUACUCAUGAUAGAAAAAGUUACAUGUACUGUGUCAAGCCCUUAUCCUACAAAUAGUUCCGUGGGAGAAGAAAAUACUGGCGGAUUAUCUUUACUUACUUUUAGAGUUGAUACUUUAGAUAGACUAGCAGAAGGUGUAGACGGAUUCGAGCAACAAGUGUCUUGCGAAACAUAUGAAGUUGGGGAUGUGAAUGAAGAACUGGAAAGACCGACUUCCGAAGCAGAUUGGAAAGCUAUUUCCCAGGAAUUUCAGUGUAGAUGGAAAUUUCCACACUGUAUAGGUAGCAUUGAUGGUAAGCACGUUCAGACGGUGGCCCCACAACACAGCGGAAGCUUGUUUUACAACUACAAGGGUACAUUCAGCAUUGUGUUCCUUGGCGUUGCAGACGCCAUCUACAACUUUUUGUACGUCGAUGUUGGAUGCCAAGGACGUAUUUCUGAUGGGGGUGUUUUUAAGUGUACUUCACUAUACAAGGAUCUAGAAAACAAUACCGCACACGUACCUAGAAGUGACGCAUUACCAGGAAGAACGGAACCUGUACCAUACGUUCUUGUGGGAGAUGAUGCUUUUGCUAUGUCUAGUUAUUUGAUGAAACCGUACCCUGGUCGUACACUGGAAAUUCCAAAAAGAAUGUACAACUAUAGGCUAAGCAGAGCUGCUCUAAGAAUAAUAGAAAAUGUUUUCGGUAUCAUGUCUUCCAAAUUUCGGGUGUUGCUUAAGCCGAUAGCUCUACAGCCAAAUAAGUGGAGUCCGUCGUGUUAG